UGAUUACGAAACAAAGAAAAAGAAGAAAAUAUCUAAUGAAAACGAAAAUUUUCCUAACGUGCUAUAGUUGAGUUAGUUAAGCAUAAAAAAUGGAUUUUCUCGUUGAAUUGAUCUGAAGGGAAUUGGAUAAUAUUUGCAACUUGGAAACAGCCAUAAAGUUCUAAACUUGAUUGUGUUUAGAGUCUAGAGUCUGGACAGAAAAAAAUUAAUUAAUAUUUAUUAAUCAAUUAACGUAAUUAAAUAAAGUGAAUACAUAGAAUUGUGCAAUAAUGUUUAUUCCUGUUCGACGUGAACCUAUUGUGUUCAACAAAGCACUCAGUGAUGCAUCAACACUUAAGAAUAAUAUUUCACUUUUGCCGGGAGAUUUAAAAUCUGUUUCACCGUCAUCAUCACAAAUUAUAAAAUCAGCUGACAACAUUUCAACAAUGUCGUCUCCUGGUGGAUCACUCACUAGCAUUAGUUCCGAUAAUUCUAUGAAAAUCAGGAAUGAUCGAAUUAUGAGCUACAAGAAGUCACGAGUCAGUCAAUCGACAAGUGAUUUGAAUCUCAACAACCGCAACCUCAAUUUAUCUGUGUUUGGAGAUGUUCAGCUUAAUGAUUCCCAGUUUUUUGAAGUUAUGUACAUUGGAAAAAUAAAAGUGUCACACAAAAAAGUUCCGAAGACUUUCAUCGACGAUGCAAUUCCUAAAUUUAUCGCUCAUGAUAAAAUGAAAAUGAAGAACCUUGAAGCUGUUGCCAAACAAUCUGAAAAUCUCGCACAUCAAAACUUAUCAGACGCAUCUGCUUCAGAAAAUGAAACAAAAUCUUCAUCAGCGAGAGAGGGAGACAGCGGUGGUGAUCAAAGUGAUUCGUCAUGUGUCAGUGGUGAAGUUAAAAAUUCUAACGUCGUAAAAGAAGACAUCAUCAGAUCGUAUUCUAUAGAAGUAAAACAAAGAGAUCGUUCAGCUUCUAUAGGAACCAUUGAACAAAAUCGCACAAUGGUUUUCAUUUUAGGACGAACUGACAUUCGCUUAAUAAGUCCAGAUCGAAAACAAAUCUUAUUGCACAAAAAUUUUGAUACUCUCGUGAGAAUCGUGCAAGGUGUUGAAAAUCCCGAUCACUUCGGAAUCAUUUGUAGUGAAAAGAAUAAAUUGAAUGAAGACAAAUUCGACUACAUCGGUUACGUAUUUAAAUGUCAAUCUGAUACCAUUGCACAUGACAUCAUUAUUUCGGUUUCAAAGUCAUUAGAGACAUUGGAAGAAGAAAAAGUUAAAAUAGAAAAUAAAAAUGUGAUUGACGAUCUUAUGACGUGUGAUCAUUGUCCGAUGAUUUGGUACAAUCGUUUAUGUUUAUCCAUUGAAGGAAUGAACGAUAAGAAAACUUACAAUACAAUCAUGAGAUAUACCGAGGAAUUAAAUGAUGAAGAUCACGAUAUCAUUAUUCACAAAUACUUUGGAUCAGACAAGGUCAAUGACUUCUCACUUGAUGAACGUAAUAAAUUUUUGCUUGCCUUAAUCGAAGCACAUUGUCAGAUGAGGCAACAGAGGCACGUUCAUGACACAAUCGAGAAUCGUUCGGAAUUUCUAAAUCAGUAUUUAGGUGGAAGUACAAUCUUUAUGAAAGCGAAACGUUCUCUGAGUAACUCUUUCGAUCAUCUAUUAAAGCGUCGUGGGAGUAAAGACUGUGAUACCAAUAACAAUGUUUCUAUUGACACUGAAUACCGUAAGCGUGCAAAACCGAAUCGAUCAAUGUCGUUAGAAGAAAAUUCUUCACAAGGAAUGACAUUGAGACGGGAAUCGCCAGAACGUCAAAAAAUCAACACAUCAAAAAUGGAUAUGUUUCUGAAGGUUGGAAACACAAGUAAAGAUAACUCCAAUAAAAUCGGAUCGUGGCGUCAAAACAUCUUAAAGAAAGUUGCAGUUAAAGAGAAAGGCGUCAUUGUUGACGACGAAUCUUUAAAGUUUCUUCCAACAAAGACAAGAAAAAAUUACCGCUCGAGGCAAAAGCGAAGCGCCACAGAAUUGCGUGAUCUAUGGAAAUCUGCUGGGAAGCAAAUUAUUUUAUUACUUCGAAUGGAAAAGGAGAAUGCUCGUCUUCAAGAACAACAAAAUGAAUAUGAAAUACGUAGAAUGAAACUUGAUUACAAUGACAUUAUUUCGUGUGAUCAAAAGCUUACAGAAGUGUGGGAAAGUUACAUAAACGAAGCUUCAAAAUCACCUUCUACCGACAAUCGAUUGUUUCUUCAAGGUAUCAAAUCAGGCGUUCCACGAGGGAAGCGUGGUGAAGUUUGGAUGAUGCUUGCUCAGCAAUACAACAAGAAUCAUCCGAUGAUUGACACGACAGAUUUUAUAAAUUACAAUACAUCAUAUCAAGAUUUGUUGAAAAAUCUUACAGAACAUCAACAUGCCAUCUUUAUUGAUAUUGGAAGAACGUUUCCCAAUCAUGAAUAUUAUAAAACACCUUUUGGUUUGGGACAAUUAUCAUUGUUCAAUAUUCUAAAAGCCUACUCAAUAUUAGACCCUGAAGUUGGUUAUUGCCAAGGAUUGGCCUUUAUUUGUGGUGUUUUGUUACUCCAUUUGAGCGAAGAGCAUACAUUCAAUUUACUUAAGCACCUAAUGUUCCAAAGACAAUUACGUCUUAAUUACUUGCCAUCAAUGAAGCAUUUCCAAAUGCAACUUUAUCAAUUAUCACGCCUCAUAAAGGAUAAUUUACCGGAAAUUCAUGAGCUAUUUGAUAAGAAUGAUGUAGCCACAACUUUGUACGCUUCAAGUUGGAUGCUUACAAUAUUUUCUUCUUCAUUUGAGCUUGGAUUUGUAUCGAAAAUUUACGACUUGUUGCUAUUCGCAUCGGAAGAAGUGAUAUUUCGUGUAAUUUUAUCGUUAUUACAUGUUCAUAAAGAGGAAUUGCUGAAGCUUGAUUGCUUUGAAGAUAUAAUGAACUACCUGAAGAACGUGAUACCGAAAAUCGAUGAAGUAAUAAUGACAAAAGUGUUUCAAAAUGUCUACACUUUGUGCAUCACGCGACAGUUAAUGGAUUAUCGGAUUGAAUACAAUGUAUUGACAGAGGAAAUUCAGAACACAAAUCAUCAUGUCGAAAAUUUAAGAAUUUCCAAGGAAGAAAACGCCGGCCUUCAGAAACAACUACAAAUAGCUGAGUCGAAUAUUAAGAGGCUUGAAAGUAUCAGACAAUCACAACAGCAAGAGAUUCAAUCUAUAGGAAUUCAAACUCAAAGUUUGGAAAAUACAAUUCGAACUCUUGGAGAUUAUUUAAGUUCACUUUCAAAUACUCGAAAAGAUAUUGAAAUACCAACAGAUAUCCGUAGACUUUUACAGCAGUUAGAACAUCAACAAAAACAACAGCAGAUGAAACGAAGGCCAGUAUUUCUUGAUAGGAAAAUUGGAAAGUCAGUUUCUGUCAAUGGACUUGGAAUGAAUUUAAAAGUUCUCGUUGAGCAGAAUGAGAACGAAAACAGCUUACUUCAAACACCUCCAAGUGCUGUUACACCGACAAUUUCAACGUCUCCAAUGUCUUCUCCAAUAUCAAUAACGCCAACACUGACCACGCCAGAAAUUCUAGCUUUGUCUCCUUCACCAUCUCCAGGAAAGAAAAAAUAUUUCGAGAAAGCUUUCGAACAGAUCAGGCAAUUCGAAGCUGAUUAUAUAAAUACAAAUAUGAGACCACUGAAAGUAACUGUGGUUGGUGAUGGUGCUGUUGGGAAAACAUGUUUACUCAUAUCCUACACACAAAACGAAUUUCCCGAAGAAUAUGUGCCAACAGUAUUCGAUAACCAUGCAUGCACAAUUAACGUUGACAACAAAGAAUAUUCUUUGACUUUAUGGGACACUGCAGGACAAGAAGAUUAUGAAAGACUUCGUCCGUUGAGUUAUCCAAACACCGACUGCUUCCUGUUAUGUUACUCAAUUGCAGCAAAGGCAUCUUAUGAGAAUGUGGUGUCAAAAUGGUCUCCUGAAAUUCGACACUUCUCGCCUCAUGUUCCGAUAGUUUUAGUCGGAACUAAAGCUGACCUUCGAGUACAAGGCUCUGAGAAAUUUGUGACGACAGUUGAAGGAAAGAAAUUGAAGAAUAAGAUUGGCGCAUUUUUUUUUGUUGAAUGUUCGGCGAAAAAGAAGACAAACUUAUCGAUGGUGUUCGAAGAAGCAAUUCGUGCUGUUGAGAGGAAGAAGCCAGGCGGUGGUGGACGAAAACCUUCUUGUUCUAUUCUGUAAACUUCGGAUAAUAUGAUAAAGAAAUUUAAUCUUUCGACCUUCACCAAGAAAGGUCAUUAGAAUAUGCGACAAAGAAAAUGAUGAUGAUGAUGAAAGUGCCAUUUCUCUUUCAAUUGUAUUAAAUUCGUUUUGUACUAGUGAGAUAUUUCAUAAUAUAACUUUCAAUUGAUACCGUAUCGCGAUUUUUAUUGUGCAAUUUUAUAAAUGGCCGGACUUAAACAAUCAAUAAAAUAGCAAUUGACGAGGCGAUUAAUUUUCAAUUGUAUUAUGGUUCUUCAUAAUCAAUAAUAUUUAAUAAUCAUUGAUGACGUUAAAUAUUCCCACUUCUCACACACAUUUGAAAAAUAGAAAAAACGAAGAAGAAGAAACAAAUUUUGUAGCAACGUCUGCAGUUUAUCAAGAGAAGAAAAAAAUCUGUUUGACUGAAAAAUAAAUAAUCACGCGUGUUUCAGUUGAGCUUAUUGAUUACUUAACAAGAUUUUCCGGAGAAAAUUUAUUCGAAAUUUUUAUAAUUGUAUGUGAAAAACGUCUGUGUUGGGAAAGUUUGACGAGAAUUAAACAUUUGAUCGAUAACUUGUACAAUUAAUCAGGCAUAAAAAUUAGUCAGUUUAUAGGAAAUUAUUAGAAAUAAUUCCUUUAAAAUUAAAUUUGUCUUCUCUGGUUGUGACCAACAUCAUUGCUCAACUUAAGAUUGACUUAAAACAACUCAGUAAAAUGAUAUAUUGAAUUGAACUUUUUAGAUAUUGAAGACAUCAUCAUGAUAAAUAGUAAGUCAUUGUCGAUCCACACUUAAAACUUAAUUCAUAAAAAAAGAUGGAAAUUCUCAAUGUUUACGAUAAACAUUUUUAAAACAUUUUUUAAACAAAUUAAGAGAUGAAUGGAAAUAGUAAAUUGAAAGUAUUUUUAACAUGUAUUCUAGCUGAAACUAAGAAUAGUAUUCACCAAUAAUGAUAGUAGAAUUAUAGCAAUCAAGUCGCGCAACAAAACAAAACUGACAACACCCAAUUUUUUCUAUUCACAAUUGAUACUUAUAGUCAAAUUGUUUUAAUGUAAAAUAUUUUUUUAGAAAAAAGUUUAUUGUUCAGAAAGAAAAUAUUUUUAAAUACAGUAUUUAUAUAGUUUAUCUAAUAAAAAUAAUUAAAAAAACAGUUGAUGAUUUAUUCUGUUCAAUCUAUUUCAGCUAUCUAAGAAAUCCAUUCUUCUCCACUAAAAUCUAAAAAUAAUUUAUAAAGUAAAAAAAAAUAAUUCUCGUCUGAAAUUCGUACGAUUACUUUAUCAUGCAUCUUGUUUGUUUAUUUAUUUCUAUGUCUGCUAAAUAAAAAAUAACUUUUAACUAACAUAAAAGCAAAACAAUGACGACUGAAGAUGCGGUUGAAAUUAUAAAAUUAAUAUUCGUGUCGAGUGGAGAAAAAAAUUCUGCAUCUUAGUAACACCACACAGUCCUAACAUUUUCUUUAUGUUUAAUACUACAGAACGUAAUAAGAAAACCCUGCUUUUGAAAUGUCUUCAUUAGAAAGACUUUCUUUUUUAAGAUAUGACUUCAAGUAGUCACUUCCUUUAUCUACAUGAAGAAAACAACAAUCACUGA